AAGAUGGCGGAUUCAGAAGAUAUUCARCCCCUUGUUUGCGAUAAUGGAACUGGAAUGGUCAAGGCUGGAUUUGCUGGAGAUGAUGCCCCAAGAGCAGUUUUCCCUAGCAUUGUUGGGCGCCCACGACACACGGGAGUKAUGGUUGGGAUGGGUCAGAAGGAUGCAUAUGUGGGAGAUGAAGCUCAGUCGAAGAGAGGUAUUCUUACUUUGAAAUACCCAAUUGAACACGGUAUUGUGAGCAACUGGGACGACAUGGAAAAGAUUUGGCAUCACACCUUCUACAAUGAACUCCGUGUGGCUCCAGAAGAACACCCGGUUCUUCUUACUGAAGCACCCCUUAAUCCAAAAGCCAAUCGAGAAAAGAUGACACAAAUUAUGUUUGAAACCUUCAACGCUCCUGCUAUGUAUGUUGCAAUUCAGGCUGUUCUGUCACUGUAUGCCAGUGGUCGUACGACUGGUAUCGUUCUUGACUCUGGAGAUGGUGUCAGCCAUACGGUUCCCAUCUACGAAGGUUAUGCACUCCCACAUGCUAUUUUACGUUUGGAUCUUGCUGGGCGUGACCUGACUGAUGCCUUGAUGAAAAUUCUUACUGAACGAGGUUAUUCCUUCACGACAUCUGCUGAGCGGGAAAUCGUGAGAGAUAUGAAAGAGAAGUUGGCCUAUAUUGCACUUGACUUUGAACAGGAACUAGAAACGGCCAAGACUAGCAGCAUGAAGAUUAAGGUGGUGGCUCCGCCCGAAAGGAAAUACAGUGUCUGGAUUGGAGGGUCGAUCUUGGCUUCCCUCAGCACCUUCCAGCAGAUGUGGAUUGCAAAGGCUGAAUAUGAUGAGUCUGGGCCUUCUAUUGUGCACAGGAAGUGUUUCUAAUAAUCGAAUCAGUUCAGGAGRCGC